AUGAAUAACAUUCUCGGUUGGACGGCCAGUGUCGUUGGCCAGACGGACGAGAAGAAGGCCGUCGCCAUCGCCAUGUGCAAUACCAUGGGUAAUCUGGCCAGCGUCUAUACGCCUUACCUGUGGCCCAGUAAAGACGAACCCCGGUACUUGACUGCAAUGCUAGCAAGUAUCGGGUUCUCCUUCGGAGUUAUCAUUUGCGCGUGGGUUAUGCGGGUGUCACUCCAGCACCAAAACAAGAAGCUGAGGGAGCGGGAUCCCGGCGCGAUCAACUUCGCUCAAGGCAAGGAAUGGGUCGAUGAAGAGGGAUCUGAAAAGUCAUCAGUAGUAUCGGGGCUCGUUGGUCAGGCCGCUCCGGAAUCCCGGUUGGAGGUCGCACCUCGGCUUGCUAUUCGCCGUGUGGGGCCGGCCUCGAUGCCGUUCAGCCACUCCCUUCCUUUCCAGCCACGGCACAGGCCAGACCACACUGCGUCGACCGACAUCGUGAUUGGGAUCAAGAUGAUGGACGAAAAACGUUCACGACCGUACCAUGACUUCAGCCAGCUUUUGACAAUUCGGACACGGUCCGAAACAAUUUCCUUUCUUGCGGCUGAGAACCGGAUCGAGUUGGAUACGAAGCAGAUUUCCACAUGGUGUGUCGCAGCGACAGGCUCCUCGGAAGCAAUCAACUCGAGCUUGUUGUCCCAAGUUCCCUGGUCGAAUCGAUACGAGUACACGGCAUUCCUCCUUUCAAUGGGGAGGGAUGCAUGGUACUCAGUCGUCAAGCAGAGCCGCUGUGCAUGUCCUGAUCUCCCACUAGGGCUGUUCCACUCUUGUAAUGGUAGCCUUGCUGGGCGAAUCGCUUCGAACUCGUCACAAAGGGAAAACCGAGAGCCGGAGCAUCGGGAUGGGCUGUUGAUAGACAGCGAAAAAGGGCUUGUCGAUGGCCACCGACGAGUUGACGAGAUAUCAGAUGUUGUAUCAAGAGUCAGUAAUGCCGCCAGCCGUUCAGCCGCUACCAUGAAUCCAGUCGAAGAUGGGUACAUCAUAGCCAGGCGAGACGCCCAAUGGCCGAACGAUGUCCAGGGUUAA